AUGGCCGGAAGGGGCAAGACACUCGGAUCUGGGGCAGCGAAGAAGGCCCAAUCAAGGAGUAGCAAGGCGGGGCUCCAGUUUCCCGUGGGUCGUAUUGCCCGUUUUCUCAAGGCUGGAAAGUAUGCAGAACGUGUCGGUGCCGGAGCUCCUGUGUACCUCGCCGCCGUUCUUGAAUACCUUGCUGCAGAGGUGCUGGAAUUGGCUGGAAAUGCAGCAAGGGACAACAAGAAGACUAGGAUAGUUCCAAGGCACAUUCAAUUGGCUGUGAGGAAUGAUGAGGAACUGAGCAAGCUUCUUGGGGAUGUGACAAUUGCAAAUGGUGGUGUGAUGCCAAACAUUCACAACCUUUUGCUGCCGAAGAAGGCUGGUGGUUCAUCAAAGCCAUCUGCAGAUGAAGAUUAG